GCUAUUUUAGAGGUUGAAAAGAACGUCAUGAAGGAAGCCAAGGAUCUUCACGUGUCUAUCAUUGGAGGUGGGCUGGUGGGCUCGCUAUGUGCUUGUAUACUUGGGAACAAAGGUGUCCAUGUCAAACUUUACGAAUACAGAGAUGACAUCCGCACCAUGGAAGUUGUCGCGGGCCGGAGCAUCAACCUGGCCCUAUCCGUGAGGGGCCGAUCAGCCCUCCGACUGGCGGGCCUCGAAGAGGAAGUGAUCGACAAGCAUGGCAUCCCCAUGAAGGGAAGGAUGGUUCAUUCCACGAGCGGGAAACGAACACCGGUACCAUAUGACAACCGAGGACAAUGCAUUUAUUCUGUGGGCAGGAGAUUUUUAAACGAAACCCUUCUUACAGCUGCUGAGAAGAAUUCUAAUGUUGAAGUAUUUUUCAAACACAAAUUUUUAGACAGCCGUUUCGAUGAUGGGAAAUACAAAGUUUUAACACCUGACGGACAAGUGCAAGAAGAUUCUAGCGAUAUGCUAAUCGGUUGCGAUGGUGCAUACUCGGCAGUACGAAGACAAAUGCUUAAGAUGCCCAGAUUCAACUACAGUCAGUUCUAUAUUGAACAUGGUUACUUGGAGCUUUGCAUUCCUCCCACAGAAGAUGGAGAUUUUGCCAUGGAGGAAAACUACUUGCACAUUUGGCCAAGGCAUACGUUCAUGCUGAUAGCGUUACCUAAUCAAGACAAGAGCUACACGGUCACUCUGUUCAUGCCGUUUUCCAUGUUUGAAAAACUCGGCACCCCCGAAAGCCUUUUGGAAUUUUUCGAAGACAAUUUUUCUGAUGCUGUGUCGCUCAUAGGGAAGGAUCGUCUAGUGACAGACUUCUUCCGCACGAAAGCGUCAGCGCUCGUUUCCAUUAAAUGCAAUCCUUACCAUGUGAAUGAUAAGGUACUUCUGUUGGGCGACGCAGCACACGCCAUGGUUCCUUUCUACGGCCAAGGAAUGAAUGCUGGAUUUGAGGACUGUGAGAUACUUUCUCAACUUCUGGAGGCCUACAGUUAUAACUUAGAAAAAGUUUUACCAGCAUUUACGGAUAAUCGAAACGUUGAUGCUGAAGCCAUCUGUGACUUAGCUAUGUACAACUACGUAGAGAUGAGGCACCUUGUCACCUCAAAAAAGUUCUUGUUGCGAAAAAAAAUAGACAACGCACUAUAUACGUUUUUCCCAAAUGCGUGGAUCCCCUUGUACAGUAUGGUAACGUUUUCGAAGCUGCGGUAUUCCCAUUGCAUUUCCCGAAAACAAAUGCAGGAUAAGAUUCUGGAAUCUUUCAUGUGGUCCCUGGCAAUGGUUGUAUUUUCCUCCGUCUUCUUCAUAGUCUUUUACGGAUGAAAGCUCCUCGAAGCACUCUCUCACUAUUUUUGUACAGCCCAUACUAAACUUAAUGUAAAAAUUAACUUUCAGAACUUUGUCAUUUAAAUAAAAUGAAGUAUAUUUUGUA